CAAAAGCCCUAGAAAUGCGAGGACGAUUCUUCUCCUGAUCUCCAGCGAUGGCGUCGUGGCUGUCAUCCAAGCUCAAGGCCGCCGAGCAGCUCCUCAACCAGAUCGAUCAACAAGCCGCGGACUCGCUCAAGAAGCCAGACAGGGAUUCACAGGAGCCGGAUCCUCUCUUCCAGGCCCCGAUCCAGCAUGAAAUCCUCGGCAGCGCACCGCAUCCGAAAAUAUUUGGCGAUCCUCUCGUCCCGAGCAACAAGAUCACAUAUCGCUCUCCAGAUUUCGCUCCCUCUGGCGCUGCUCGCUCCUCAUCCUCGAUCCAAGGGAGCUCUACUCCUCCGGAGAAGGACGAUUGGACGGAGAUACUGUCCGCGGCUGGGAAUUCCGGGGAUUGGAAGAGGCCGGCAUCGAGAGAGAAGAUUCAAAGGAGUGCUCCAGCGGCUGAGAGUAACAGUAGAAGGCCGAGAAAGCUCCUCGCAGCGCCAGCGAAGAGAAUCAAUGCCCCCAAAAAAGCGGUGGCAACACAGGAGCCUAACUCUAAUGGCCAGGAGUUAGUGUCAAGCGAAAAACUCGAGAGCAAAGAAGAAAACAAAGAAGGGGAAAGCGUGACGAAGGAGGUGGUGGACACUAAAGAAGAUUUAGUUGGGAGUGUUAACGAUACCAGCACGAAAGAGGACGAGGAUGCGAUUGAUCCGCCGACGUCACUGGAGCAAACCGAGGAAGAACUCUCGGCUUGCAGGGCUGCAAUCGAUGAGCGUGCAUUGUUUGUCGAGAAGCUCGAGGCAGAGAAGCAAGCUUUGGAAGCUUUGCUGGACGAGCGAGAAGAACAGCAAAAGAAGGAGGCUGCAGAGCUGAGGACGAGCAUGGUGGAGCUGAUCCAAGCAGCGGAUUUGGAAAAGCGACGCCAUAGUCAUACGAGGAUGGAAGCGCUGGAGAGAGAGUCCCUACUUCAGAACGAGAGUGUUGAGCUUGCUCAAUGCCUGGCUGCCGCACAGAGAAAACUCGAUGCAGAGCUUGCAGGACUUACGGAUGCUCGUACUAAGCUGGAGCUCAAGAGAGUUUCCGUGUUUGAGCUUGAGAGGAAGGCUUCACGACUUCGGUCGACCUUGGCAAAUCCUUCUAGUUCUUUUCUUCCUCAAAUCAGCAGUGACGUCUUUAAAGAGAAGCAAAAGGUUGCUGACGACAUCGAUUACUAUAAAGCUCAGGUAGAAAACCUCCAGGCAGAAAUACAUGCGUCAAGAAUGUCCCGGCAAAUGCAGAGUGACAAGGAAAGAGAACUAGAGUCCCGUUUGAUAGCACGGACCGAUCAUCUCAUUCACACGCAAACUCAAGUUGAAGCGCUAUCAACUGAGAAAGCCACGCUGAUCUUUCGUCUCGAGGCAUACUCGUCUCAGGAGAGGGCCUCGAAAACGAGAAACGAGAGCUCCGACAUCGAGUUUGGACCAACUGCAAGUGGUGACGAGCUUAUAAGCUGGAGCGAGAUUUCCAGUAACCUCGACUCCCUCUUCAUUCAAGGUACCAGAGUGUUGGGCAUGAACAGGACUGUGAGGUCUCUAGCCGCGGCAUACUUCUUCCUGCUGCAUCUCUGGGUCGUGUUCAUCAUUGUCAAGCAUGCUCGAUUCUUGCACAGAUGAGAAGGAAAAGAAUUCUCUUU